GGCACUGACAGCGUAUCAAAUUCACCGUCAGCAUCUGUCCAUCAACAUGUCACGCCUCCAAUCUCUAUCGCCACCGUCUCCUUUGAGCAACUGUUGGAUACCAUCUAGCGCAGAUAUCUACACGAUGUUCGAGAAUUUUGACACCGAGCGGCGAUACAACAUCACCGAAAGCCAAUCAGCAGAUGCACUCACAUCCUCUUUUGACUACUUUACGCCUCCACAAAACCGAACAAGCGCCAAAAUACGCCCAGGGACGUUCAUCGUAUUUGCGUUGUCAACAGCAGAGCUCGCGCAAGAAUAUCCAGAGGACUCCGACGUAUACCGCAAAAUCUGCCAGUAUACCCCUGGGCGGUAUCUCGGGCUUGUAACUUCGGCGUUCGCGAGAUGGAAUGAAGACGAUGACAGCACGGUCGAAGAAGUGAUCGUUCACUUUGUAUCCAAAGAUACGCCACAGCCCUCAGCGGUUGCAAACCACUGCAUCCCCAUUUUUCCUGUCAGCACCACCGAACCGGUGGACAGCUCUGCGCUCCACACGAGCAUCUUGUUCCCCUGGAUUGACCACAAGCAGUGGACGACAUUUGGGGUUCGCCUUUGCAUCCGCCAGACGAACCCGUCGGCGCUGGUAUUCGAGCUUCGGAACGAAGAUCUUGAGCUCUUCGAGAAUAGGGCAGGACAGGAUUAUAGCCGACUGGAAUCUCUCCAUACGAUAUUGGACGAUGAGGCCAAAGCCACACUAGGAAGGCUUUUGGUGCCACCUUUCGCUUUUCCAGCUGAGAUUUGGUUCGACAUAAGGAACCAUCCGGACAUAAAGGAACCUCUGAGUUUCGUAGGAGAUAUCGACUCUCUUGAAAGUAUCAUCGCGGGACGCACGCCAAGAGAUCACAAAUCCAGUGCUCUUGACGAGUAAUAGUUUGAAUAGGCGGUUGGGGAUCAUACGUUACAUGUACUAAGUUUGAUACGCAAAUCACGAGUUAUAAAAAGUUGACAUUAGUGCAGGCCGCCGGAGGUGCUAAGGCUUAAGUGUAAAUGUACAGCAUCUAAUCGUAGGUGACCCGCAAAUACCGAAAGUGCGCAUGUCAUCAUCUGCGCCGGCCUGGUGCGGUAGUCGUGCGCAUUCGUGAACGGUUAGGCUUGCGGCUGGGCUGGCCUCGAUCUUCGAUCAUUGAUUCCUGCGUGAUCUUGCUAAUAUCUGCAUCCCCAGGUGCAGAUGAUGAUUGCCACCCUGCGAAUUUCCUUCGCGAGGCAU